GCUUUUUUUUUUUCAUAUUUACGGAAGCGUAGUCAUACAUGGAUUUGCGUGUCCUUUCGCCUACCAAAAUUCUAAGACACCUCUACUGAAAUUAUCUACAUUAUUCUAUUGUCUUGUUGUGAAAAGUGAAAGUCUUCAUCAUGUGGGACCACGAAAUCAGAGCCAUGGUGUCGACCCACGCUCUGAUCGCCGCUUCGAUGUUCAUGGCUACGGUGCUACCUGCAGUUUUUGUUCUAAGCUUCUCGGUGUACGGCACUCACCUGUUGUGGCUGUACUGCACAUCCGGUGCUGUGAAUGCUGUCAGUGUCGUCGUCUUCUGGCUCCUCGGCGUCACACCGUCCACUAAAAAAAAUACACUUGGAUAUAAGCUUUCCAGGCUGUUUCGUGCCUGUCUGUACUUUUUCUUGUCAUGUCUGUUCUUCCACACUGUGAUUGUCCUUUAUGGAGCCCCGUUGAUUGAAUCUGCUUUAGAAACAUUUUCUCUUGCUGUGCUGCUCACCUCACUGACCACAAUGAGGUGUCUCUGUGUUCUUGGUCCAAACGUCCAGGCCUGGAUAAGAGUGUUUAGUCGUCAUGGAGCCAUGUCUGUAUGGGACACCUGUCUGCAGAUUACAGUGGCUUGUACACUAAUAGGGGCCUGGGUGGGAGCUUUCCCAAUACCUCUGGACUGGGACAGGCCCUGGCAGGUUUGGCCCGUUUCCUGCAGCCUGGGAGCUACGAUCGGGUACCUAACCGGACUCGUGGCCGCUCCCACUUGGAUCCACUACCAUCGCAAGCAGCUCACGUACAAGUGCAAGUGAUGAGAGGACAAAUGUUUCCAGUUGGAGUGUCCAGCGAGGGCUUGAACUUUUAAGGAUUAUUUAUUUGGCUGCUGUUUGAAGCCUGUUGGAGGUUUUUGUAAUGACACAGUUUUCUAAGCACGAGGGGAAAAAGCUUCAAAUGUUUUGACAAAAAUAAAACAUUUACACUUA